UUGGCUGCUGCUGCUGACAGCCGGGCGCUGAUUGGCUGCUGCGCUGACAGCCGGGCGCUGAUUGGCUGGCUGCUGGCGCCGCCGCCGCCCUGGGCGCUGGGAGCGGCGGCGGCCGUUGCUCGGCCGGGCCGGCGGUGCCCGCGGCCCGCCAUGCUGUGCCACGGCGAGGGCCUGCUGAGCUCGCUGACGGCUCUGAUGGCGCUGGCGCUGGCGCUGAGCCGCAGCCCGGCGCUGGCCUGCCUGCUGCCGGCCGGGCUCUACCUGGCGCUGCACCUCCUGUCGCUGGAGCCCGCGGCGCCCCAGAGCGCGCAGCGCGUCCUGCGGCCCCGCGGCGCCGCCGCCCGCAUCGCGCACCGCGGCGGCGCGCACGACGCGCCCGAGAACACGCUGGGCGCCAUCCGACAGGCAGCUGAGAAUGGAGCAACGGGUGUGGAGCUGGACCUUGAAUUUAGUGCAGAUGGUGUCCCCAUUCUCAUGCACGAUGACACAGUUGAAAGGACAACUGAUGGGGCUGGGAGUCUGAGGGACCUGACGUUUGAGUAAAUCAGGAAGCUUAAUCCAUCUGCAAAACACAGGCUACGGAGCCAAUUCCAAGGUGAAAAGGUGCCAACUCUGAGAGAAGCUGUUGUGGAGUCCAUGCAUCACAAUCUUACAAUCUACUUUGAUGUCAAAGGCCAUGCAAAUCAGGCAGUUGAUGCCCUGAAACAACUCUACCAGGAAUUUCCACAGUUGUAUAACAGCAGCAUUGUCUGUUCUUUCAUGCCAGAUGUUGUUUAUAAGAUGAGGCAGGCUGACAGGAAUGUUGUGACAGCACUGACCCACAGGCCCUGGCAGCUGAGUCACCUGGGAGAUGGGACACCCCGAUUCAGCUCCUCCUGGAAGCAUUUCUUGUACAUGGUGAUGGAUGUCAUUCUGGACUGGAGCCUGCACAGCUUCUUGUGGCGACUCUGUGGGGUUUCAGCUUUCCUCAUACAGAAAAAUUUUGUUUCUCAGGACUAUGUGAGCCACUGGUCUUCCAGAGGAAUUCGGGUGGUUGCCUGGACAGUGAACACGUUUGCAGAGAAAAGCUACUACGAAAGUGUCCUUGACUGCCCCUACAUCACCGACAGCUUGGUGGAGGACUGUGACCCUCACUACUGAGGCAGCCUCUGCCCUCUGCCCUCCUGGGCAGCUCUGCAGCCACCAGGGCAUCCAGCACUGCUGAGCACAGCUCUGGGAAAGGCAGAGCAGCACUUGGCUUCUGCCUGUGGUCACACCUCAAAUGCAGGAACCUUCUGGUGCAGCCGGAGUCUGAGGAAAUCACUGUAAUGUAAAAGAAUCAUAUUUGGCAACCCUGUUAGGCCAUCCCUUGCCUGUGCAGGUGGCUUUAUAAUUCUCAAGGAAUAAUUCUAUUCCUUGGCUUUGUUUAAAUUUUGGUUCUGAAUUUUGGUGUCGGCAAUUUUGGUGUCAAAAUUUCAAAUCAUAACUUGAUGUUAGUAAUUUUAACAGCAUGUUCUACAAGUGUAUACUAAUUUGAGGUUGAUUUAUAGCACCUUAAGAUCAUUUACAUUACUGUUCUUAAAACAGAAAGUGGAAAUAAUGGUACAAUGGUGAAAAAAUAGAAGAUAAGCAUAUUUCCCUGCCCUGUGUGGAAAGAUGGCUGUGCUGAAUCCUGAUGAGGAAGAAAAAGCCAACUUUCCAUGUGUGAUGUGAUGUGAGCUUAUGAGAAUUAACAAAUAAAACUUGAAUAGCUUCUUAUCUUCCAGACCUUCUAAGACAACCAGGGGAAGAUAGGAAAUUGUUUCUUCUAAUGAAGAAAAAACACAGCACAUGAAUGUAUUUAUUUUUAAGAUAAAGCUAUAUGUGGAGUGGUGGUAAGCAGUAGAACAAAUGGAGCUGAAAUGUCUUUUUAGUUUGCCUUUGGUUGCAUGAUUGAAGGGCACUGAGAGGGAUAUGGAAUCUGUAAUGCAGAUGUAACUUGAACUCCAAAGGAUCUGUAGUUGCAAUAAAAAGUCUUCGAGAAUUCAUGGAGAGGGGUCUUUGUCAGGUGUGCAGAAGGGCAUUUAUAUAAAAUGUCAAAAUUAGUGCAGAUUGUCCCAGUUAGGGUAAAUCCAAACUUCUGGAAUAUGAAAGAUUCAUGGUACAACCUGCUGGGAGGAUGGAUUUUCUGUUUGUGUCCUGAGCUCAGUCCAGGCACAAAGAAGCACAAAGGAGGUGCUUUUCCCUGCCCUGCAGAAGCAGCAAUCUCAGCCUCCUGGUGCACGUCCUGUAGGAUGUGUAGGUUUAUGUUCAGACCCUGUCCUGCCCCUUCCUGGGUCCUGUGGCCUCUGCUGAGCCCCCAGGGGCUCCCACUGAAGGGCAAAUGACUCUCCACGGCUAAUGGCCCUCUCUCCAAAGGUCCAGCUGUUGUUGCUGCUUGAGUUUCUGGCACUGCUGAGCCACUGUCCUCAGUGCAAACACCAGGUCCAUGCCCAGUGCCCACAGCUGUAUGUGCAGGGAAACAAUAAAAUUGAAUCUCUGCUCUUGCACUGUG